AUGCAGGCCCGAGGUUACACAAAGUCGCCGCACCUUAAACAACUGACCAAAGGGGUUGCUCUAAAGUCGGAAAGGUCCUGUAGACCUUUUGGUCCUUUUGCUUCGUUUCUUGUAUUUCUCUACCGUCCUAAGUCAAGAGGUUUCCCCGCCUUUGUACUUGAUAUUUUCCCGAGCGUGUCUCCCCUCACGGAAAAGAGAAAGAGAAAGCUAUCGGAAGUGAACGUCAUUUUUUCUGGAGGCUCCAACUUCCCACCAUUGAUUCCCCACUACACCCUCCAGGAGUGA